AUGUCGACCCACGCCGCCUCCCGCCGCUCCUCCUCCUCGUCCGCGGCCGCCAAGCGCCCCGCGAUGCCGGAGGGCGCCAAGGCGGCGGGCCCCGCCGCCGCGCAGGCCAAGAAACGCGCUGCGCUCGGCAACAUCACCAACGUCGUCGCCGCUCCGGGGGCGAGGGCCGCCGCCGUUGGGAAGGUCGCGCCACCGGCCACCGCCGCGAAAUUGAAUUCAGCUACCUCGGCUGCACCCUUAAAGAAGCCAUCUUUGGCAAAUGCUCGCAAUGCGAGCUCCAUUCGGGAUUCUGCUGUGAAGUCGGCUUCCAUCAAGCCAGCUCCACCAGUAUCACGCCUUGACAGCAACACAAGGCAGAAGCAUAAUGUUCGUCUUCCUAAGGUGCCGACCACUGUCCAUGUGCCAAGUCGUGCUCCUGCCUUGGUACCCUGCAGCAGUUUCGUGUCUCCUGGACGUUCAGGAGAUUCAGUUUCUAUUGACGAGACGAUGUCGACUUGCGACUCCAUGAAAAGCCCGGACUUUGAGUACAUAGACAAUGGGGAUUCCUCGAUGCUGGCUUCGUUGCAGCGACGGGCAGAUGAACAUCUGCGUAUAUCAGAGGAUAGAGACGUUGAAGAAAAUAAGUGGAAGAAAAAUGGCCCUGCCCCAAUGGAAAUCGAUCGCGUCUGUGAGGUUGACAGCGACUUCGAGGAUCCACAGUUGUGUGCUACUCUGGCUUCUGACAUCUACAUGCAUCUGCGAGAAGCUGAGACAAAGAAAAGACCAUCAACUGAUUUCAUGGAAACGAUUCAAAAAGAUGUCAACCCAAGCAUGAGGGCAAUUUUGAUAGACUGGCUCGUGGAAGUUGCUGAAGAAUAUCGUCUUGUUCCUGAUACUUUGUACCUGACAGUUAACUACAUCGACCGUUAUCUUUCUGGCAAUGAAAUCAACCGCCAAAGGCUGCAAUUACUUGGUGUUGCUUGCUUGCUUAUAGCUGCAAAAUACGAGGAGAUCUGUGCACCCCAAGUAGAAGAAUUCUGCUACAUAACAGACAAUACAUACUUCAGAGAUGAGGUUCUAGAAAUGGAAGCUUCGGUGCUGAAUUACUUGAAGUUUGAAAUGACAGCACCUACAGUAAAGUGUUUUUUGAGGAGAUUUGCUCGUUCUGCACAAGCGUGUGAUGAGGAUCCUGCUUUGCAUCUCGAGUUCCUCGCCAAUUACAUCGCUGAGCUAUCCCUGCUGGAGUACAAUCUACUCUCCUACCCUCCAUCACUAAUAGCUGCUUCGGCUAUUUUCUUGGCGAGAUUUAUACUCCAGCCAACAAAGUAUCCUUGGAAUUCCACACUUGCUCAUUACACACAGUACAAGCCGUCGGAAUUGAGCGGCUGCGUAAAGGCACUGCACCGCCUUUUCAGCGUUGGUCCUGGGAGCAACCUUCCAGCAAUCAGAGAAAAGUACAGUCAACAUAAGUACAAAUUUGUUGCAAAGAAGCAGUGUCCGCCACAAAUCCCUACUGAAUUCUUCAGGGAUGCGACAUGCUAG